CAAAUCAUUUUGCAUUCCGCACACACAGUGGGUACGUGAGAGUGCAAUGGCGUCGGUAACUCUGGGACAGCACCCGGCACAUCACAUCGACUCGGAACAGUCUUUCUUUUUACGCAAACUCUCUAAGAAUAAAUUACUAAGGAAAACGUCUCGUGAGAAAAUGAUGUCAAGGGGGAGCAGCGUGGAGACCGAGAGCGCGGCACCGAGGUCUCCAGCCGCAGUCUCAGCAUCACUCAACCACACACAGCCGCCAACCGUUGAGAACGGACUCAGCAACCGGUGCGCCCUCCACGGUUCUCCUCCGCCACGUAGCACCGACGACAACGCAGUGGAGGACAACGGCAACGUCCUCGAGAAGUAUGACGGUGGUGCAUGUCGUCAGGCCAGCAUGAUCGUCGGGAAAAACGGAGGAAAGACAGGGCAGAACGCGAGCUGUGACAUCAGAAAGACCGACAGCGCCAAGCCGUUCUCUAAAAACGACGCUGACGAGAAACGAGCAGAACUUCACGGUCAUGCCGUGGAUGGUCGGCGCAAUUCCGUGAAGGACGCGAAGAGCACCAAAACAGCGGCCACACACUCAAACGGGCAUUCUGUCAGAAGGUUGUCCCAGAGCGCAAAGUUCAGGUCGCUGUCGGCAGAGGAGCCGGACUUGGAGGGCUUACAUUUGAACAGGGUGACGCAGGGGAGGACUGGGAUCGUGCGGAUCAUGCGGUCAGAACCCCUGCGGAGGGAGGCUUGGUCCAUCUUCAAACAGGCGGACCCGAGGGUGAAGGCGGAGAAGGGUGAAGGACACAUCUUCACCUCCAAGCCCGUGGCCCAGGACUGGUGCGACGCCUGUAAUCGCCUGAUCAGCGCCGAGGCAGUGAAGUGUAAAAACUGCAACUACACCUGUCAUCUGGAGUGCCAAGGCCUUGUCCAGCUGGACUGCAACCAACGCGACAGCCAAUCCCAGCCAAGCCCUGCCUCCGCCUCAACAUUGCCACAGCAACGCCACUGUCCCACACCCACCCAGGAAACGAAUGUCACAAAUGAGGAAGAGGAAGAAAAACCAAAGCUGCUCUCUGAUGAAGAGCUCAAGGCGAAGAUCGAGGCGUACAACUCCAAAGUCUCUGAGAAUGGAAUGAAUCUGGCAGCCGAUGGCUUGUACACAGGCUUCAUCAAGGUCCAGCUGCGGCUGCGAAGGCCUGUGACGGUGUCGGGCCGCGCAUCCUUCUACCUGCCGAGCGACGCGGUCAAGCAGAUCCACAUCAGCAGCAUCACCACGGUCAGCGAGGUCAUCCAGGGUCUGCUCAAGAAGUACACCGUCCUGGACAACCCGCAGAAGUUCGCCCUCUACAGGCGAACACACCGCGAUGGACAAGAUCUCUUCCAGAAGCUUCAAGUCUCAGAGCAUCCUCUGUACCUGCGGCUGGUGGCCGGUCCUGAGCCAGACCAUCUGACCUUUGUCCUGAAGGAGAACGAGACUGGAGAAGUAGAUUAUCACGCAUUCUCGGUGCCGGAGCUGCAGAACUUCCUGACCAUCCUGGAGAAGGAGGAGAGGGAGCGGCUGCGGAUCGUGGAGCAUCGCUACGGCAAAUACCGGCAGAAGCUCCUGCAGGCACUGGAGGAGGUGCAGAACAAGCCGGGCUAGACCCCCAACACCCCAUCGCCAGGCCACUCAACCAAUCAAAGCAGAGGGCCCACGAGACUUAACCAAUCAGAGUGGAGGGCCCUCUGGACUCAACCAAUCACAGUGGCAGGCCCCUAUGGACUCAACCAAUCAAAACUGCGAACUAAUGAACUAUCCGCUCAGGACUGGCUCUACAGGCCCAUUCCCCAACCCCACCCCGUGUGGACCCCCCCACACCCCUCCCCCUCUCCCCUUCGUCAUUUGGCAUGAGUGGGCUGAAGGGGAUAACAGAGUGAUGUGGAAAUGGGGUUUUCUGGGGAAUGGGAUGAGUGUGUGUUCUCAUGAGCGAAAUACUGGUGGUGACUGGUUUCUCAGACCCAUUUGAGUGAGUGUGUGAGUGAGAGUUUAUCUGUCUGUGUGUGUGUGUGUGUGUGUGUGUAAAGUACUUUUGUUUUUAGUCCUUCUUGGUCAGUUUUCCGCUUGAGUAAGUUCUUUGGUCAGUCCUCAUUUGUUUUAACUUUUUUUUUUUUUUUUCCUACAUGUUGCUGCUAACGCAAGUGUUACUUAGAGCAUGACUCUCCUCAGUGGACACCGCUGAAGCCCCAAGCAUGUCUUUAAUGUGUGUGUGUGUGUGUGUGUGUGUGUGUGUGUGUGUGUGUGUGUGUCAGGGAGUCGCUGUUUUUAAGGGUGGGUAAACAGGGUGCAGAAAGCAGCCAGAUAUCAGCAGAAACACGCACACAGAGAUACACAUACGCACACACAAACACACACACACAAACGUAUACACACAGAACGUCUGCUGCUGUGACUUCACAAACACAGAUCAUGUGUUCCUGUUCUCUCAAACUUUUGGGUGUUUUCUUUCUACUCAAGAGAUCCUUCAAAUGAAAUGCCACCACAUAGAUAUCCAUCUCUUUGAUUGGACCCCUGUCCUCUAAUCCUAAAAGAGCAAGUCAUUAUAUCUCUGUGACAGUUAGGUACCUUUAAUAAUACUCAUUUUGUUUUUACUUGUAUGGAACUCUUGGCGAUGAUGAUUUUAGAUGACUUGGUCUUGACUUGUAAGGUGUUUUUAAGGUAUUUGGAUACUUAGGAGUAGUCAUGCGAAGAUUCUCUCAUCCACCAUUGUAAAUCACCCAUGAUGUCGCAUGUGAACAUUUAAAGCGAAGCAUAGCGAAAAAGAUAAGAUUAGUGAUUUAUGAAUGAAUUUCAUGCUGUACUGUAAAAACUAGCAUGUCCAGUUGCAGACUUUUAAAAUUUGUUUUCUGUUCCAAAUGUGAAAAGGUGUGAGUUGAAGUUUUAAAACCCAUCGUGACUGUUACAGGAUUCGUGUAUAUGCUUUUGUAAGUCGGAGCCAGGCCCCUACUCCAUAGGUCCAUUCUGGGGUUGUAUGAACGCUUACGUAAGGAGCAUGCCGCCUCAAGCACUGAGAAACUAUUUUUACCUCUCUCUUCCUGCUGUACAGCUCAAACACUGUGAUCCACGGGUGUGUGCGUGUUUGUGUGUGCGUGUGUGUGUGUGUGUGCGUGUUUGUUUGUGUGUGCGUGUUUGUGUGUGUGUGUGUGUGUUUGUGUGUGUGUGUGUGUGUGUGUGUGUUUGUGUUUGCGAUCAACAGACCAGAGAGAAUUCUUGCCUAGCUUUGGACUGUCUGAACCUGCGGUUCCUCUCGUACUGAGCAGGAGCAGCACCAUGGCAACACCACAUCAUCAGUAAACCACUGGAGGCUGUGGUGUCUUCUUCGUCAAACAGAGUUACGCCAGUAUGGACACCGUCACACCAAAGUUGCCCCCACACACACACACACACACACACACACACACACACACACACACAUGGUUUGUCUUUAUGUGAGUUCUCCUGUAUUUCCUUCUUCUCAAAGGCUUAAGGAGAAAUGACUGCCUGGGAUUGGCCCAGAGAGGGUCCAUCAAAUGCACGCGGACACUCGCACAUCACAAACUCAUACACACACUUUCACACACUGUCACACUCACACACUUGCAUAUCACACACUCCUUACAGUGAGCAGAGGACACAGUCCCUUAGCAGGACCUGAUUGAAGAGAGGUUUGCCUAUACACACAUGGUAUCGCCUCUGAAGCUCUAAACUAACUGGUGCACUAACCAAGUGCUAGAGAAGAAGAGAUGUUAAAGCAGAGGAGGAGAGGAGAGUUAAAAUUAGCGGAGGAGGCGAGGAGAGUUAAAAGUGCAUCUACUAUGGUUAUUGGGUCGUAUUUUGUACCCUAGAUGCAAAAAAACAUAAUAAUUAUUUUAUAAAGUGAGCUUGGACUGGUUUCCUACAGUAGAUGUGAAGUUUCACCAGUUUUUGAUGGAGUACACAGAAACCUUUAGUAAAGCCGCGCCCUGGUGUACAGGGAUCAGGUAGUGGCGCCCGUCCUGAUUUGGACACCCUCUGUGUUCAUAUUGGGAAUCUGCAAGAAAGAUUUCUACGCAGUCACUGGACAGUGAAUAAAAAAGAAAUGCAAUACAUUAUCAUCAUUAAUAUGAGAAAGACCACAGAGUGGGUGCUAAUGGCUUAGCCAUGGAAAAAUAGGGAAACAAGCCUCCUAAAUCUCAGAGUCCAGUACACACACACACACACACACACUUCUCUUAACAACCAAAAGCACAGUUUGACCGUUCCCCGAGAGCCCCUUUAGAGCCAGUAGUGUCCCUAGCACCUUGUUCCCUGUGUUCCUCAGCUGCUCUGCUGUGGAGAGUGGAGUGCUGCCCCCUAUUGGCUGGGAUGUAUCCUUGCGAGGGGUUGUAUUGUAUUGUAUGUAACGUUACUGUACUGUACUGUAUGCUCAGGCUGAUGUUCCUAAACAGCCAUGUUUCUGCUGGCAGUGCCUUUCGUCUGUGUGUAUCUUUGCGUGUGUGUGUAUGUGUGUGUGUGAGUGUGGCCUGAUGUGGUUGUACUGUAUUUCAAAACAGACUCCAGAGUUCCAGUGGGAACCCAUUGAAGAUUGGUGUGUGUGUGUGUGUGUGUGUGUGUGUGUGUGUGUGUGUGUGUGUGUGAGUAACUUAUUUCACCACUCACACCCUGAGGGAUAUGUUGGGGAUGUGAAAGAUGUCCGGCAACUCUUUUUGUUCAUGAGAUUCAAAUGUGUACAGGUAUGUGUAAAGUAUGCUGUAAAGACAAAAAUUAAGAAUAAAAUAAAAUGUCCACCUUU